AUGUCUAACCCGCCGACAGCCAACCAAGAAGGGAACGCAAGCAACAUGCAAGCUGUCGCGGCCGUCGGUGUCAAGCUUCCAGAUUUCUGGAAAACGGAUCCGGAGAUGUGGUUUGCGCAAGCGGAGGCGCAAUUUACUUUGGCCAACAUCACACGCGACGACACAAAGUACUCCCACAUCGUGGCCAAAGUCGAUCAAACCGUGAUUUGCCACAUCGCCGACCUGGUCCAUCGCCCCCCGCUUGAGAACAAGUACAACGCAGUGAAGGAGAGACUGAUUGGCCGUUUUGCUAUGUCCCCUCAAGCCAGACUGGAAGGACUGCUUGGAACGCACGACCUUGGAGAUUUGCGUCCCUCCCACCUUCUCGCAAAGAUGCAGGAACUCUCGUCGGGAUUGGGAGUUGAGUCAGCGCUGCUGCGGAUGCUCUUUCUGCAGAAACUGCCAACGAACGUCAGAGGAAUCCUCUCGAUUUGCAACGAGCCGCUAGCGAACAUUGCGUUGAUGGCAGACAAAAUGAUCGAAACUAUGUCAGCAACCGUGGCAUCCGUGAGCAAGCCGGAAGGGCUUCCGACCUCCGAAACCGACGAUCUCAAGGCACAGGUUGCAGCUCUCACAGCUGAGGUCAAGCGGAUGAGGAUCCAACCCUCGCGUUCCCGCAGUCGAUCACUGUCCCGAGCUCGGGACGACGCUCGCUCUCCGUCCAGAAAUCGAGAUGACGUGUUCGGCCCAUCUCAAACGGCGGAGGUGGGUGGAGCUUCAACAAGUCGUCGUCUUGUCGUCUACGACAGAUCAUCCAAAACAAGAUUCCUGAUCGAUUCAGGGUCCGACGUGUCCCUGAUUCCCGCGAGCAGAAGUGACCGGACCGGAGGCGAGAUACCUUUUCACCUGCACGCUGCAAACGGCUCAAGCAUCAAGGCGUACUCCAAGAAAUUCCUGUGCACGGAUCUGGGACUGAGGCGGAAAUUUGUGUGGAGCUUCCUGGUUGCGGAUGUCGGCAUGGCGAUCCUCGGCGCUGACUUUCUGGCGCACUACGGGCUGAUCAUCGAUCUCAAGCACCAGCGCCUGAUCGACAACACGACGAAGCUGCAUUCGCUUGGUGGAAUGAUGACGGCAACGGUCCACAGUGUCACGUUCGUCGACGAACAGAACCCGUUUCGGGACCUGCUGCACGAAUUCCAAGAAAUUACUGUCCCCUUCUCACUCCGGUGCCAACCAACCCACGAUGUAACUCACCACAUCGUAACGAAAGGCCCUCCUGCUGCGUGCAAGGUGCGAAGACUGCAUCCCGAUAAAGCGAAGGCCGCGAAGGAAGAAUUCCAAUUGAUGAUGGACCUGGGCAUCUGCAGACCGUCGAGUAGCAGCUGGGCAAGUCCACUGCAUUGUGUUCCGAAGAAAAAUGGCCAGUGGCGGUUCGUCGGGGACUACCGGCAGCUCAACAAGAUCACAGCACCCGACCGGUACCCGGUGCCUCACAUCCACGACCUGCUCAACACGCUGACCGGUAAGUCGAUAUUCACGACACUCGACCUGGAACGAGCUUAUCACCAGAUACCGGUAGAAGAGUCGGACAUCCCCAAAACAGCAGUGAUAACACCGUUUGGCCUUUUUGAAUUCACUCGCAUGCAAUUUGGGUUGAUGAAUGCCAGCCAAACGUUUCAACGCUUCAUGGACCGUUUGUUUGCAGAUCUUGACUUCGUCGUGAAGUUCAUUGACGACAUCUGCAUCGCGUCCACGUCCAUGGAAGAGCAUCGCCGCCACGUUCGCAUUGUGCUAGAACGGUUGCACGCUAACGGCCUGGUGAUCAACGUCGCCAAAAGCCAGUUCGCUAAGACAGAAGUGAAUUUCCUCGGCUAUGUGGUAAGCGAAACUGGAAUUCGUCCGCUCCCGGAACGGGUCAAGGCUGUGCGAGACUUCCCAACGCCGUCAACGGUUCGUGAACUGAGAAGGUUUCUGGCGUUAGUGAAUGUCUACAAGAGGUUCAUUCCACACGCCUCCGACAUUCAGGCAGACCUUCGAAAGCUGAUCCCCGGGAACCGGAAGAAUGACACGCGGAAAGUGUAG